ACCACAGGGUUCAUGGGACUCUGUCCAGUGAAUGAAGAGGUAAUGCUUGACCAGCUUAAGUGUCACUAAAGGCAGAUUUGUCAGGGUUCCCCAGUCUUUCAGGUGGCUCGGGGCCUAUGCAACCCUACUGGGUGAACAGACCUGGCCCCUCACCUGUAGGCUGCUGUCCCAGCUGUCCUGAUGGAGGACAGGCAGGCAACAGGGCAGCUGGCUCACUGAACACAAGAGCUGGGCCUAGUAUUCAUGUUACUGAUCCUGGUAGGUAGGCAUCCUGCCCAGGAGCCAGGAACACUGGCUCCCAGGCUCAGUCCAGAGAGCUGAGAACAGAGGGUAUCAUGUCCUCUUCCCUACUUCCUGGAUGUCACAUGACUCCAACUCUUUGGAUCCUCAUCUGAGCCCUGGCCUGAGCUCCUCUUAGUGUCUUGUGCCUUAAAAACCUAAGUAAGCUACUGCUGUGGCCAGAAGACCAAACCCCUCUCAUGGUUCUUGGGAUAUAAUGACCUAUUCUCCCAAAGAGCAGCUUUGAAGUGCUUGUAAUGGGUGAUAGGACAGAACCCAGGCUAGCCCCUGCUGGGUGCCCCACCCCCACCCUGUGAUUACCUAACAAUUGUUCCCUGGCGCUGCUAUAGGUCAUAAGAGCUGAGGAUGGGCUCUGUGAUGUUCUGGGGAUGCGCUCUUGGGCACUGCUUCAGAGUCCCCGGGUGGACAUAAGCCUCCCCAACACCAAUGAGCUCCCCCUCCCACACCCCCAAUCCAUCCCCAACCCAGUCCCCAUCCCAGUCCCGAUCUAACCACGCUGAUAACCCAACCAACCAGCAGCCCCCCCCUAGCUCUGGAGGCUCAGCCCCUUCCCCUUCCCCCACCCGGGGGGCUUCCUCCCGCCCAGCCUCUCACAACCCUACCCCAGCUGCCUCUCAGCCUUCCUCCCGAGCUUCCUCCCAGUCUCCUAGUCCCCACGUCCAGCAUGUGCCCCGAGGGUCUACUCAGGUCCCUACUCCUCCAGCCUCCAAAUCUCCCUCCCAGACUGGACUAAAAGCCCUCUCUCGAAACCCUUCCCUGACGCCCCCGGUGACCGUUACCAGGUCCCCUUCCCAUAGCCCUGCCACCUCGGCCUCCUACAUCGGGCCCAUCCGUAGCAUCCCUUCCUACAUCGCCCCCUAUGUGCCACGUUUCAUGAAAGAGCCCCCCUAUUUCCAGCCCCCUACAGCACCUCUUCCACAAAAUCGGUGCUUCCCCUGCCCCUUCCCAUGCCAGGCCCAGCAAACCAGGCAGCCACCGCCAGCACCUCCUGACUCGCUCUACUUCCCCCUCCUCCCACCCCCUCCUCACAUGCCCCAGGUCCAGUGCUCCUAUCCCACACCCCCAGCCCUGUUCACACCCCCAUCCUCCCUCUCCUACACGCCACCGACGGAGGUCCUGCUGAAGGGGAAGCCACACGUGGUGCCGUCAGUGCUACCGGCCACCUUCUAUACCCCAUUUUCCCGCUUCUACUCCCAGCCCCGGCCCUACCGCUACCACAGGCGCCUAACCCUGCCCUCGCUCUCCCUUCAAUACGAUGGUUCUGGACGCUCUGUCCAUUUCUAUCGUGGAUCCUAG